GAGUUCCCGCCCAUCGGCACGAGUUAAUGCAGCCUAUUGGUUUUUCCGCUGUCCGUCAAAGCGCCUUGGUGUUUUGAUUGGUUUAGAAGCUACAGCCGUUUAUAACUUCCUUAAAGGGACAGUGCAAUGCCCUUCCUGCAGCUGUUCUGUCAUCACAUGGCUAGGGAGAUGUGAAUUACUCUUGGGGCACACUUGGAGCAGGCAUUUCAGCAUGGCAGUCAUGGGGGUACAGAUGGUAGUCACCCUACUACUGGCCAGUAUUAUGCAGAAGGUGUCCCCUCACUAUUCUCUCGCACGAUGGCUUCUAUGCAAUGGAAGCUUGUUCCGCUUCAAACAUCCUACAGAAGAUGAAUUAAGAGCACUCUCUGGAAAGCCAAAACCUAAAGCCAAGAAAGAGCGAAGAAUGAAUGGGAUUACAGAUGAAAAACCCCUUACAGUCCCAAAAGACAUUGACCUGCAUUUAGAGGCGACGCAAAUCACUGCUGUUGAUUCUCUCGUGCUUCGAUAUUUCCUGGAGUACCAGUGGUUUAUAGACUUCUCAUUAUACUCUACCAUCAUCUACCUGUUCACUGAAGGAUACUACUGUCUUGUGGAUGCUCAGAAUGAAAUUAACAUUGGGGUCGUAUGGUGUCUGAUGACUGUCAUCUUCUCUAUUAAAGUCCUGUUUACCAUGAUGCAGCACUACUUCCGAUCAGAGGAAGGAGGAGAGCGCUCAGUCUGCUUGACCUUUGCAUUCUUCUUUCUUCUCAUUGCAAUGAUAGUGAUGAUUGUAAGAGAAGAGUAUCUGGAAUUUGGUUUGGAACCAGGAAUUAAUAGCAUCUGUCACAAUCUGGAAAUCUUACUAAAACAGCAAGGCUGGCAGUUACCAGUUCCUUUUAUUAAAUUGGGUAUCAAAAUUGCAUUAGUUGCCCUAUGCUCAUUCCUUGGUGCUUGUCUGACUUUUCCUGGCCUGCGUUUGGCUCAGACUCAUCUGGAUUCUCUUAAGAUGGCAGCAGAUAGACCAAUGCUCCAGCUUCUACUUCAUGCCAGCUUUCUGUCUCCGGUCAUUGUGGUGGUAAUGUGGAUCCGACCAAUCACCAGGGACUUUCUUUUAAAUGCACCAGUGGGUAAAGAGACUGUACAGCUUAUGUCAGAUUCUGCAUACAACACGUUCCGCCUGUGGGUCAUUGUAAUUUUGUGCCUCCUCCGCCUCUCCUUGACUCGCUUCCAUUUACAAGCGUACCUUGGGUUAGCCCAUAGUUGGGUUGAGCAAAUGAAAAGAGAGGCCGGGCGGAUUUCCAUGUUGGAGAUUCAGCGUAGAAUUUCACGAAUCUUUUGUUACCUUACUGUGGUGGCUCUGCAGUACUUGGCGCCAAUUACGUUUACCCUGCACUGUGUUCUCUUAAUGAAAACUAUGGGUGAUCAUUCUUGGGGUCUGUACCCAGAGACUGUUGGUUUUACCCCUGUAGUAGAGACCUCUACUGCACCACCCAUUACAUCUGAAGAAGAGGAAGACUCGGAGGAUGUUCAGAUUGCUGUUGAGCAGAUAAUAGGAGCACUGGGUGCUUUUCGAAAUAUCUUCUCUUCCAUUUUCUUCCGUGGCUUGUUUGGCUUUUUGGCAUGGUGGGUCUCAGUGUGCCAAAUUGUCAGUAGCCUGUUUGGUCUGUACUUUCAUCAGUACCUAGGAGCCUCUUAGAUGAAUGUGAAAAAAAGAUCACUGGGGGAUCCUAAGACUCUUGCCAAAUGUAGUCCUUUCAGUGGCUACCUCAUUUGUGAUCUUCAGCGCAUUUGCAGUGAAAUAGCCAAAAGUAACCUUAAGGAAAAGAGGACUUUAUAAGCCAUGACAACAAUAAUUAUAGCAUGUGGAGACAAGAGCAAUACUAAAAGAUGAGUGGGCCUGUAUGUAGUUAUCCUGCUUGGAACCAGGCACAUCAGUUACCCACUGUAAUGAAAGAUGGACUGAACGAGAAGCUUUAUAAUCUGUUUUUCUUUUACAUAGGGUUUGUUUUUAUUUUUUUUUUUGAGUGCUUUUUU